AUGGUCUUCAUCCGCUCUCUCCUCGUCCUCGGCUCGCUCUUUGCUGCUGGCUUGGCCAACCCCGCCAAACGCACCCCUGCGCAAGUCGAGGCGGACCUGAACAAUGUGGCUACCCAGGUCACCAACCUUGACAACCUCAUCAAGGCAUUCCCUGCCAGCGGCCUUGCUGGUGCUCUGGCCAUCCACAAUGCGGCUACCCCAUUGGUGACAGCACUCAACACUGCGACCAGCGACUCCACCAGCACCGGCCCCCUCGGUGAAAGUGACGGCGCGGCUGUCCUCGCGAUCGUCACUGGCUUCCAGCCUACCAUUCUCGAUGCCCUUACCCGCAUCGUUGCUGACAAGAGCGCUUUUGCUUCCCAACCAAUCUCUGGUCUCCCAGCCCUUGUUCACCAAGAUUUGGUCAACCUCCAAACUGCUACCACCGCCCUUGCCAACUCCCUUCUCGCCAACGCCCCCGCUGACUUGAAGCCCUCCGCUUCGGCUGUUGAAGGCGCCAUUCUCACUGCUCUUAGCACCGCAGUUGCCGCCUACGCAACCUAG